AUGGAACUCCCAGCGCGUCCAAUGGCUGCUAAGCCACUCAGAAUCCUCUCACUUGACGGUGGUGGGGUUCGGGGAAUCUCGAGUCUAUUGAUAUUAGAAAGAAUCAUGGAAAGGAUCCGCGAUGUUGAACAUCUUGACCACGUCCCGCGCCCGUGUGAGCAUUUUGACUUGAUCGGGGGUACGAACACUGGAGGAAUCAUCUCUAUUAUGCUCGGCCGACUGGGAAUGACCGUGGAUGAAUGCAUCCGAGCGUACAGAAUAGUUGCGGAGCGUGCUCUUAUUCCUAAACGAAACACCAUUAUCCCCAUACAAUUCAAAGGAGCUUUAUCUGCCCAGAUGUUUGAAGAGGCUAUUAAGGAGAUGGUUAGAGAGUUUUGCACGGGCGGAGAAAGUGUGAAUCGUGGGCACAAUGGCCUCUCUACACCUCCGCGCGAACAUUCUGAUCUCCUCUUCCGCGACCAGGCGUGCACAAAAACAGUCGUUCUUGCUCUCACGAAGGACAAUAUCGACGCCGGACCUACACUCUUCCGGACAUACGACAAAUCAACAUCGUUGAAGGAUUGCACUAUCUGGGAAGUGGCCCGGGCUAUCUCGGCUACACCCACCUUCUUCAAGCCAAUCAAACUUGGUAAAGAAGGGACCGAGUACAUCGAUGCCGGAUUUGGGUACAACAACCCAUGCGACAAGCUUAUUGCCGAAGCUAGGAAAGUGUUCCCUGGACGUAGCGACCUGCAGAUUCUCAGUAUUGGAACCGGUCUCAGGAGCGUGGUGGAGAUGAAUGAUACGCGCCUGUCAAUCAUCAAGGCGCUACAUAAGCUGGCCCCGUCCUCCAACGAGGUAGCGGCCAGCUUGGACGAUGAAUAUGGCGACAGCGGUCAGUAUUUUCGAUUCGACGUGGAACGUGGUCUAGAGAGGGUCGAUUCGUCGGAUUGGGAUAAGGAUAGCACAGUCGCUGCACACACGAACAAUUAUCUCUCCCAGAAGUCAAGGGCGAUCGAGAAAUUUGUGAAGACAUUCUCGACAAGACGGGAGCAGUAUAAACCUGAUUCGCUUCAGUUCAUGAAGACCCCUAUGGUCAACCCUGCUUUACAUAGCUGA